AUGGCUGGGCUUCAGGAACUGCUACCUUCCUGGCUGGUAGAUCACCACGUUGGGGAAGCUCCGACGCCUCCCGAGCGCAUCCGGUUGAAUGAUUGGGACGAUGGAUUCACCCCCUCGGGUUGCAAUGGACGUCCGGGUAAACUUGUGCGCGACUUCCCUCGAGACCAUCCGGGGGCUUUUGCUGUCGUUGAUGGGGCGGUGAGUGAGCGCACGGCCGAUCUGUUGUAUGCCAGUGCAGUUAAGGCAACAGUGUGGGGCGUGUACGUUCCUGACCCUGCGGCCUACCGCCACGCGCUGGCUCGUCGAACAGUGCAGGAGUUUCUGAUGGGGAAAGAUGCAGGGCAAUGUAUCACAAAGAGCGACUGGGGGCGUACGCAUGGAGUAGCAGUCUGGGUCAUUGCGUCGGACUGCAACGAUGAGACGGAAUAUCACUUGGACUAUGCCGAGCAAGUCCGAUACGAGACCAAUGUGAUAUUCCCGCCCAUUUACGGCGCCACGCUGCACGUUAGACGCGCGACGAACUCAUUCGAAGGAGGAGGGUUCCACGCAAACUUGACGGGGCUUUCGCACUACGAUAAGUACGGCUACAAGACGCGCAAGCGGCCGCAUCGACUGACUACCGACGAAUUAGAAACACUUAGUAAAAGCGAGCCGGGAUGGAAGCACGUAGCAUACAGAUAUCGUCGCGGAAUCCUGUGCGACGGUGAGUUCCCUCACUUUAGUGGACGAGUGCGCACACUUCCGUCAUCCCCGGAUCUUCCAGUCAAGCGCGUGAUAGUUGGGUUUAAUCUGUUUCCGAGUGAGAUCGGCACGUGCGUGGCCAAAUUUCCAGAACACAGUGGCGCCUUUAACCGCUACGUAAAGCUCUCGCAGGCAGCUGUGAAGCAGACGAAGCUGCUGUCAACUACGAGCAACAAAGGUGGCUGGACGCUGGAGAGUGUGCGGGCGAACCCGAAACAGGCGGCGUUUCUAAAGCUACUAGCGCGCAAAGUGCGCGAGAACCAGGAGAAAACAGCAGCGUCGUCCACAGCCAAAGACUAA